AUGGAUCCGGAGUUGCAAGCCAUUAGAGAGGCCAGGCUGGCCCAAUUAAAAAGCAAUGGUGGCGGCGCCAAUGGCGGCGCCAAUGGCGACAGAAAUGGCGGUGCUAGUAACAACGGAGGUGACAAUUCUGCUCCUGUAGGUGCAGCUAUUGCUAGCUUCUUAGAGCCUCAAGCUUUGGAGAGGUUGUCCCGCGUGGCGUUGGUUCGUAGAGAUAGGGCCCAGGCGGUGGAGGCAUAUCUAAAGAAAUUGAUUGGCACGAACAAUGUCACCCAUAAAAUCACAGAGAAUGAAAUUGUCUCAAUAUUGAAUGGUAUCGCCAAGCAACAAAACUCGCAAAGUAACAAUAAGAUUAUUUUUGAACGGAAGAAUUUCAACGAGGACCUAAAUUCGUUCGACAAGCCCAAUGCCAAGAAUGACUGCGAUGAAGAUGAUGACGAUUUCUUUGAUUAG